GUCGUCAAUGAGUUGAUCUGCCGAGAACAACAAAACACGAAGAGCUGCAAGCUGCGAGCUGCUCCCCCUAUAAAUACUCCACGACCUCGCAGACCCCAAAGGUCCUCACUGAGAACCUUGCUCGCCAACUCCUUUCUGUAUCGCAAUCAAUCUUAUCCAAUCACAUCCUCAUCCUUCAAAAUGCCUUUGACCGGUCACUGUCUGUGCAAAGCCGUCACCUACACCAUCGAGGUGGAGGAGCCCGCCCUGGUCGGGUACGACCACUGCGACGAUUGCCAGCGUCAGAGCGGUUCCACCUACUCGCUGGUCGCGGUGGUUCCCAAGGACAAGCUCACGAUCAACGGGCCGACCAAGAGCUGGGCGGGGCUGGGGUCUUCGGGUAAGGCCGUGCACCGCAUCUUCUGCUCGGAAUGCGGCUCGCCCAUCGCCCACGACCCUGACGCCGCCCCGGAGAUCAUCGCCAUCAAGGCGGGUACGCUGGACACGGAGAUCAAGAAGAAGCUGAAGCCGGACACGGAGAUCUGGACGGUCAGCAAGUUGCCCUUCUGCCAGGAGCACUUGGCCAAGCCGUUCAAGCACAUGCCGGAGUAAUGGAUCGAUGCAUGAUACCUGACAAUAAUGAUGCGAAAAGUGAAUAGCCUUGUUUACUUAAUUUGAUGAAUGGAGAUGUCCCCAGAACGGCCGAGGACCUCGUUGAAUUGUAGCUAUGCCCGGCACAGCCAAUGGUAGUCGUAGUAUGGAACAGGC